AUGUACCUUUUAAUGAGUAAAUUUUUAGUCUGGAUAAUAAUUUUUGGUAAUUUUUUUUUUGUUCAUUUUUUUUCAUGUUUUCAAAUUCAAAAUAAUAAGAUAGGGAAUGUAUUAACAUAUGACUAUUUGAAGAAGCAAAAAAUUAAUAACAAACAUAAUACAUUUUUAUAUAAAAAUGAUAGCCUAAAUAAGUUAUUAAAUAGAAAAAGAAAAAGGUAUACAUUAUUUUACAGAAGUAAAAAAGAAAAAGAUAUACAAGAAUCGGGUUAUUUGUACCCUUUUGAUCAUCUAGAAAAGAAAAAAACAAAAUUCCCUCCAGAUCCUUACAUUCCUAGCGAAGAUGAAAAAGAUAGCUCAAUCGACAUAUUUCAAGACAAGAUGAAUGAUGAUGAUUUGAUGACCUAUGAAGAUGAUGAUGAUGCCAAAAAAUAUUUUGGAAAAACGACUUUUAACAAACCUAACAUUGUUCAUAAGGAUGAAGAUUCUGAAGAUGAACAAGAUGACGAUUUGGAUGAUCAAAGUGGUGACCCUAUUAAUAAACCAAUUGAUGACCCUAUAAACAGCCCAAAUUAUCAACAAGAUACACAACCAAAUAUCAUCAUAGAAGAAGAAAACAAUACAGACAAAACCGAUAUUGAAAAAGAAAUAAUAAACAUAAACUUUUAUUCUUGUGAAGAAAAAAAAAUUGCAUGUGAAAUGAUGAAAGAUCAAAUAUAUUAUUUACUUCAUUCUAGUAUGGAUAAAACAUUUAUUGAAACCUUUAAUAUAAAUAUUGAAUCACACAUAGUGCCAAGUGAAAAAAGGAUUUGCGUAUCUUAUAAUAUGAAAAGUCAAAAUUUUAAAAAAUAUAUAUCUAAUUUAUCUGACUUAAUUGAAUUUUCCAAUAAAUUAAAAUAUGUCUUAGAUGAAAAAAUUCAUAAAUUAUAUUAUGAAGAUAAAAAUAAUGAAAAUGCUUAUUUAAAUAAAGCCUUAAGAAAAGAACUAGAAAUUGGUAAAAAAGAAAGAGAUGUUACAAACUUAUCUAAAAAAAAUUUACAAAUGAGUAUUGAAUCAUCUUUAAAAUUAAUAGAAAAGUGUAUACAAAAUAUGUAUAAACAAAAUUAUGAAAUAACAUUACAUGAUUUAAAAUUAGCUUAUAAUAUGUUACCAUGUAAAUAUUAUGGUUAUUUCCUAUCUAAUUUAUGCUCAACCAUAUCUACAUUGUCUUAUUAUGUAAACGAUUUACAAGGUACAUUUAAUUUUGCCUUAAAAUCUAUAAAAUACGAACCUAAAUAUAGCGUUGCAUGGAAAUGCUUAGGUGAUGCUUAUAGAAGCUUUAGAAAAUUUUGGCAAGCAAAAAAUUUUUAUGAUAUAGCUAUAUAUUUAGGAUAUAAAGAUGAGAAAGGAGAAAGAUUUGAAGAUAUUGUUCAAGAGUUGAAUAAUUUAACAGAAAAUGCACUGAAAAAUGUAGAUUUAUUAAAAGAACAUAUGAACAAUUCUACAAAUAUAAUAAUCAAAAAGAAUAUUGGAAUUGUUUUAAAUAAAAAUCCAGAUUCAAUAGGUGGUUGUUAUGUAUCUUACAUAAUAGAAGGAAGUAAAGCUAGUAAAAAAAAUUUUCAUCAUGGAGAUCAAAUUGUUGCAUUAAAUAAUCAAGUUACAUAUGGAAAACCAAUUGAUUUUUGUUUAAAAGCGUUCCAAAAAAAUGAUGGUACUUAUGAUAUUAUAUUUUUUAAGGGAAAUAUUAUAGAAUUGUAUGGUUUAAAGGCUUAUAAAUAUUUAAUGAAAAAUGAUUUAUUCUAUGCACUUUUUGAAAAUGAACAAAUUGUAUCCUUUAAAAGAAAUGAAACUAUUUUAUUUGAUAUGAAGGGUUUUGGCACAUUUUCUGAAUAUGGAAUGUCAAAAGGGGAAUUUGUAUAG